AUGCGGCUCCCUCUGCAGAAUAGCCAUCUUCAGCACAUGACCAGCCAUACCUUCUUCCGAACAGGGUUCUACCACAACGGUGUGGAAGCCAACAAGGAUGCAGUCGAUAGUGACCAGCAGUUCUUGAAGCACGGCAAGAUUCCUUACGGACCUGGACACAACGUUGUUUUCCUCUUGAGCUCUGCCUUGUUUGCUGGCGAAAGGACUACCUCUUACAGGUAUGCCCAGGUCGCCCAGCAGCUCUUCAAGGACGCACCAGCAAGACCUGAUGGGCCCAAUGGUAGAGUGGCCUGGAGCUACCCGAUGAUUGUCGCGGUUCGCUUCGGCGAUUGGGGCCGCAUGGUGGAGCUUGAUUCGCUUCCACCCGGAAAUUUCAGCCUGCAGUGGCCAUAUGGUUACGGUGUUGUGCGCACGUUUGCCUUGUCUAUCGCAGCAGCCCGGCUCAACCGAUUAGAUGAGGCAGCUAGCAAUCUCCGUAUUCUGCAAAGGUUGUUGCCUGUUGUGUACGCAACGGAGGGUGACCUUGUUGUAAAGGCAUCGCGCAUCGCAAAUUACACUGCAGCAGCCGCUUUGGCUCAUGCGCGGGGCUUUGUGAAGGAGUCUUUAGAGUUAUUCGGUGCCGCAGUGGCCGUGGAGAUGGGAAUGCCAUACGACGAGCCGCCCCCCUGGCUGUUGCCAACCCGCGAGUGCUACGGUCAGGCACAAUUGUCGGCUGGUCAGCCGGCAGAGGCCGAGAGAACAUUUCGAGCAGCCUUGCACGGCUUUUCGUGGCACGCAGAGCCGAACUGCGGCUGGGCCCUGUUCGGCCUGCGGGAGAGCCUUCGGGCGCAGAGGCCCACGCCGAACCGCACCGCGGAGAUCGGGCUGCUGGGCGAGGCCAUUGCUCGCGCUCGGUCUCAUGCCGACUCUCCGCUCACUUCGGCGUGCUCGAUGAUCGCGGGCUCGGGCGUGGUCGUGUGA